UCAGUGUCAACUCAAUGGAAGAAUCCUUGUGAACAUGAGGACGCCAUAUUGAAAGGGGUGAAUUGCUCAGUUACACCAAAUUUAACAGGCUUUAUUCACUUCCAGGACGCCCCACUCUGGUCUAUAAAUGGCGGAGGGAAGCCAAAAUUCUCCAACCGAAGACGUAGAUGAGGAUUCUGUGUUUAUGAUUUGUGGAAUUUGCCGUAAAUCGUCGGCGACUUCCAAUCCAAAACUUCUGCCAUGUCUUCAUAGCUUCUGUUUCGGCUGCCUCGAGGAGAAAUUCGAUCAACAACAACAACAAGAACAGAAGCAAAAUUCCACUACCUCGUCUUCAUCAGCUUCUUCCUCGCCUCUCCAGCGGCUAAAAUGUCCAACUUGCGGGCAGGAAUUCUUAGUUCCUCCGAAAGGAAUUGCCGGGUUUUUAGACAACCAGUUUAUGUUGGAGUCACUAGGAAGACAGACACGCAAAAAAGAGAGUACGGAUCGUGAAUGUACAUCAUGUGAAGAUAAAAGUCCUGCCACAUCGUACUGUUUGGACUGCUCUGACUGGCUCUGCGACGCCUGUGUACAAGCUCACCAAAGAGUUCGAGUGACAAAAGACCACACGGUACAGACGAUGGAAGAAUACCUCUCUAGCUCGGCCUCGAAUGGCGACGAUCAAAGACCGAUCUUCUGUAGCGUACACCCGCACGAACCUCUAAAACUCUUCUGUGGCAACUGUGAGAAAUUAACUUGCCGAGAUUGCCAGUUACUAGAGCAUAAAGACCACAAAUAUCAGUUUAUAAGAGAAUCGGCAGUUUCGUACAGAGAGUAUUUGCGGUCUCAGUUGAAUCGGUUAUAUGAACAGGCUCAGCCUCUGACAGAAUCAAUAAAGGAUGUAGAGAAAGCGGCCCGUGGACUGCAAGAACGCGAAGAUGUUAUAACUUCAGAGAUCCACAAAGCCACAGAGACUCUCAUAAAAGCCGUGAAGCAACGGGAGAGUGUGUUAUUGACUGAGCUAAAAGCGUUGGUGCACUAUAAGCACAAACUCUUAGCGAAACAGAACAAAGAUUUAAGGCUGAUGCAGAAGAUCUUACAACACAACUACGGCUUUACGAGACACGUGCUGAAGUCCAGUACAGACAUGGCCCUCCUCUACAGCAAGAAACAGCUGAGUUCGAGAAUCCAAAACCUGCUGAGUCUCAAGUAUAAAGUCAACCCUGUGGCACACAGUGAUUUGAAGUUCUCAAUGGAUGCAGAAAAAAUGAGCAGUUACAUUGGCAAGCUUGGCUCAGUGAUCACACCAGCUGACAAGGCAGUACCGACCAGCUCAGGAUCAAUCCGGGUAGAUUCCAACAUGGCCAGGUCCAUGCCAGGUAAUAUUGCGAAUGUUGGAUCUGUACAACAGCAUAGGCCUUCUAACCCACCUCGUACAAGCCACCUUGAUGCCCUGUCAGAAGCCAGUAAACGCCUUGUGGCUGGUGUUAGUGGUUUGGCCAAUAACCUGGCGAAUAAGUUACCAAAUGGCCAGUACAGUCAACUAGGCAGUAUAACUGUGAGUAAUCCUAGGGGUAGUGUUACCACUACACUGAACUAUCCUUCAGGUUCUGCCUUCUCAUUGACCGGCAACAUUGGUAAUAUACCUGCCGCAAAGAGCCCUGGACAGCUGGCCGCCGAGAGGUUGGCUGCUGAGAGGCUGUCAGAUGGCAGUGAAGGGGCUUUUGCAGUGUCAAACAAUGCACCAAUGAUGAAAUACACCACAGAUCCCAGGCCAGAGUCGGGUACUUCCACUAACACUGAUGGGGGUACCCAGACCCUGCGACACUUCCUUGGUCCCUCACCACCCUUACCUAGACCAAGUAGUGCUGGUACAAUAGGAUCUUCCAGGGCAUCUCUUCCUUCAAGCCCAAGCAUGGGAAAGCCAUCAGGUCAAAAUGGUACCAUCACAGGCCAGGGAAUGGUAAGAAAUGGAAGUCCAGUGCAAAAUUCAUAUCUAAGACGACCAUCGCCAUUGAAGAGAAGUCUUAGUUCCCAUGAAGGUACCACAAACCCUCUUGGUGUAAGAGUCAAGAAAGAAAAGACAGACAGUACAGGAGAGAUGUCAUCUUGCACUGAAUCCAAUAAAAUGCAGGAGGACGCUGGAAGUGGGGAAAGUGGUAUUGAUGAAGCAAUGAGCUCUAACGAUGACUGGUGUGCAGUCUGCCGCAAUGGCGGCGAAUUACUCUGCUGUGACACGUGCCCACGUGUCUUCCAUCUGCAAUGUCACAUCCCCUCAGUUAACAACACGCCAAGCGACAAAUGGAGCUGUGGUCUGUGCAACAAACUGGAUGUCAAGUUGUUACAAGAUGAGGCAGCGUUGUCUAUGGCACAGGGAGGAAACAAAAGGCGAUCUUCCUUAUCAGGGCUGCUUGAAUGGGAGAGAAAGAUUUGUGAGAAGAUUCUACUUGAGCUUUUCUGCCACAGCGACAGCAUACCUUUCCAGCAAAAAGUGUCCAAAUCUGUCCCUAACUAUUAUAAAGUGAUUACACAUCCUAUGGAUUUGUCUACUAUUCGUGCAAAGAUCCAACCUCAGCACUUUCAGCACUACAGCAGCAUUACUGAAUUCCUUUCUGAUUGUCAGCUCAUAUUCAGUAACUGUGCAACAUUUAAUGAUGAGAGCUCAGAGGUCGGAAGGAUGGGCAACAAUCUCGAGCUGUACUAUAUGAGCUUACUGCAGAAAUUCCUCCCUGAAAACAUUGAAAUUCCAGAGCCUCAACCCAUCGUUAAGCCUGCAUUAUUGGAGAAAAGAAGAGAAGAUGCCAAGGCAUUCAUUCAUGGCUAUUAGAUAGAAAAUGUUUAUCCUAAGUUUAGGAUGUGAUCUUUACCGCCAUUAAUUACUGACUUAAAGUCAAGUUUACAAGAUUGCGUUGUCAAAAUAUUAUCAGUCAGACCAAGUUUAUUGCUCCAGCACUAAGUAAUUAGGGAAGCAUAUAAAUGGUCUUUCUUUCACUGAAUGUCAUCUUCCUAUUGCCAUUACCAGGUUGUGAAGUGUUAUGUAACAUCUUUGACACCACUGAUGUCACACAUCACUUCACAACUGUCCAUUUUUGUACAUAAUUGACACAGGUCACCUAUUUUAUAGAUAAUGAUUAGUUUCUUGUCAAUCAAUUCUGCAAUUUUAUGUACAUCUUUUUCUUACGAAAGAUCUCUUGUUGUGAAUUAUUAUAUGAUUGUUUAUCUGAAGUAUGGAUUUGGACGUUAAAUUGGGGUCUGCAUAUGCAUUGAUUUCUAUUGUUAUUCUGCUCUUCUUUUAGUUUAUGAACAUUAUUCUCAAGCUCUGUAAUGUACUUUAAUGAUUUUGUAUAUGUCCACUAAAACGAUAGUUUGGCAUUGUUAUCCUGUAUAUCUGAAUUAGGACAAUGAUGUGUUACUUUUCACUAAAAUCCUGAAACAAAAAUGAUUGGAUUAACAGAUUUUUCCAAUCUAUUUUAUGUCAACGAUUUUCCCAAAUUUCAUUUGACUUAAGUUUUAAAAAGUACACACUUCUUCCAAUACAUACCAUAGUGUUGUAGCCUGUAUAGCACUUCUGUCGAAUUGCUGUCCAAUUUGACUGACUACCUACCUGGUUUCAUGAGAUAUCAUACAGUGCACUUAUUAGUUCACUAUUGACUGCAUACUUUUUCCAUGUUAUGUUUCCAAUGUUUGUUAUCAGAGCAGCGGGCGGUGGGGCAUCAGGGGCACAUGGUCCCCCCCAAUAUUUCAAAAAAUUAUAAGGUAAUGACCAGUAGUGGUAUGGCUGUGCCCCCAAUAUUUUCUUAAUGUUUCUGUAUUGUGCCGCCCCUCCAACAUUUUAAGACCUGCUAUGGCACUGGUUAUAGCAUUUUCCAAAGACACCAUGGUGACACAAAACACAGAUAUUGUACAUCAAAUGUUGUGUUGUGAUUAAUCUAAGCAGGAUAAGGAUAAAUCUAGUCUAUUCUAUAAAUAUUUUGAGAUGUUAUAUAUCUUUUUCUACAGAAACAAUUCUUUGAGGAACAAUGACAUUUGUGGGUAUUUAUUUGUGAGUAGUGGCUCUACACCCUUGGUCAAGAGUUGACUGCAUGUAUUUAGUAUUAUGUAUAUCAAACUGCUUUGGCCACGGUAGGAGCUUUUGGGGCAGAGGAAAUAAAGAUCUAUGUUCCAGAAA